AUGCCAGCAAACACUAAGAUGAACAUAACUUACCCUCACUAUGUCGUAAGCAACACCCUCAUAAGCGUCGGGAUAGAUCAUGUCCCUUACCUCGGGAAGCCUACGAGAAGAUCCGCCAACCGUCCUAUGAAGCUCGGCAUUGGCCACCGGAUCGCAGGUGAAAGGUAA